UUCCAUCGGCAGCAGGUGCAGGAUCAGACUCGUGCCGCAGAGAAACUCCGUAAAGUUUGGGCUGAGCUGCACGUCGGUUGUUUUAAAAUGCAGACGGCAGAAAGUGGUGCUUGUUUAUAUAGUGCAUAUGCAGACAAGUGCUAGUGGCUGCAGGAACUAGGAUGCAUUUUCCACGCUGCAGUAGCUUAAAGGUUUCUUUCUUCAGGUUGUUUGAAGAAGCAACUACCACUUGACCAAGUAAACGCAUACAACUAUAUGUACUCUUUGGAACUGUUGACAGUCCAACCACAGACUUUGCAGUAGCAGCAGCAUCUUGUUCUGUAAAAAUUGGAAGCAAUCCUUGUUAGAGCAGGUGCUGAACAAUGUUGGCCAGAUGGAGGAAGGGACCGAAAAACAGAAAUGGAGCAUCAUCGGGGUUCUGCAAACAAGAUGAAAUUAACAGAAACAGGGAAAGAUGUGAUUUAGACUGCACAGAUGACAUUGAAAGCAGUCAUUCUGUGCCUCAAGAGCAACAUAUUUCAAGUGAGAUGACUAGUGCUGCCAGUAAAGAAUUCAAUAACCUAAUUCUCCAACAAAGAUUUGUUGAAGCUAGCAGUUAUCUGAUUAUGCUGGAACACAAAUAUAGCAGUAAGGCAAAUCAGUCUGAAGAAGAUUUAGGGAAAGAGCUGAAGGAUGUUGAGAUGAUGUAUAAAGUGCUUCUUGAGCAAGUUUCUGAUACAGUGACUAGCAUGCUGACCAUUGCAGAUACAAAUCCCCAGCUGCUUAAAAAUGCAGUAAAUACUAUAAUACAGGAAGAACAAGAAGAUGAAAAGUAUGUAACAGGGAAGACUUGCACCCCUUCUUCAAGGUCAAGACCAAGAAAAUGGAAAGUGAAAUGUUUGUCUUCUUUAAGGAAUGUUGCAUUCUCAAGACUGAAUGAAUUUCAAUCGUAUACUUCAGUAGAUAGUGACUGUUCAGUUUUCCAGCAUCUCAUUUUCCUAGGGAAACAAGUAAAACAGGAUCUCAUUUUCAUAAUAACUCACGUGAAACCAUGUUUCCCUGAAGAAUAUAGAAUAUGCUUCAUAUUUUCUAUGCAUUUCCAUGAAUAUUUCUCUUCUGAGAUAAAACAACUUAUGAAAAAAAUUCAGCUUGAAAAGAAAGUUACUCAUUCUCUUCUGUGCUGGAUCCUUAACUUUUACCCAAAUGAUAUUUUAAAAAGCAAAGAACUGGUUAAUCAUAUAGAUGAAGCAGAACUUGGAAGCCUCAUCCCUACAGAUAUGAUUCUAGAAUUAGAAAAACGCUAUUUUGAUCAAGUGAUGGAAGAUUCAAAGAUGUGGAUGCAUAAAAGUCUACAACAGGAAGAAGACGAAUGGAAAAGAGGGAAUAUUCCAGAAAAGCUAAAUGGCUCCUACCAUAGUGAACUUGCGAUUGAUAUUAUUGAGAUUAUACAUCAAGCAGAAGAAUGUGCUAAACAAAUUUGUCCUUUAAUCGGAGAAUCCAUGCUAUACAAAAUGCUGACAGAGCUAGUACUAUUUUUGAAAAGCUACAAGAAGUCAGUGGAAACAUUUGAAGAAAAGUGUGUCCAUCAGAAAAACUACAUACCAGUUAUCUCUGCAAAUGUUAAUAACUGCUUCCACUUAAGGAGCUAUAUUGAUAAAUGCAAGACCGAGUAUGGCAUUGAUGCCAAAUAUAUGUCAAACAUGAUUCUGAAGGACAUAGAAGAAAAAGGACUGAAACUGUUGUCUGAGCCUUUAUUUUUGAAGGAAAACUAUACAAAACUUUUAAGUAAUAAGUGGCAAUCUGGUUCUGAUUCCAUGAAUACGAUCCUCACAACUACAGACCAGCACCUUCAGGAUUUUAGUGGACUGAAAGCACCUGAUCUUCAGGAGGAGCUUUUGAGGAAAACACAUCUGUAUAUAGUUGCAACAUAUAUCUCUCAUCUCUUAAAGAGGAAAUUAAGACUCAGCUGUCCGGAUAUGCAACAAACACUGGCAGAAGAAAUAUUGCAAGAUGUACACGACAUAGAAAUACUGUUUCAAAAACAUGACUCCAACUCAGGAUUUUUAAAUCAAGCUCUCCGAAGUAUAGCUGAAAUUAUCGCACUGCAACAUAUAGAUGCCAUUAAAAUUGAAGUCUGCAACUUAGUUAGAGAAUAUCCAGAUAUCAGGAAAAGACAUGUCUUAUCUAUCUUAAGGAUCAAGGACAAUAUGACUGGAGCGGAUAGAAGGAGCAUUUUGAAUGUUUUGAGCAUAGUGGAAAGAAAUGCUCCCUCAGAAAUGCAAGAACUGUUUUCUCAUGUCCUUUUUGAAAAUAAUGUUUUGUUUUCGUUGUUUUGAGACUGGAAAAGAAGUACAAAGUUAUGCUGUUCUAUUCAGACUUUUUUUGAGAAUAUGUACGCAGACCAAUAUGCUUAAACAGAAACAGGCAGAGCUGGAAUUGUUAUAAGUAUGAAAGGUGGGCAUUUUGGUAUAAGGAACAUUCUCCUACAGUUUUACAGAGCACAUGAAAGUAGAGUUUAAUGUCUUAUCCAAUAGAUGGAUGGAAGUCUGUGUUUGGGCAGAUUGCAGAACAAUUAAUGAGUAUUUACUGGAUUGAGAUAUUUGAACUUUUAGGUUUCAGCCAUUACAGUUAUAGCAUGUUAAAUGGCACUGAAGAAAGGCACUGGCAUAAGCGGGAAUAUGCAGUGCAUGCCAUGAAGUACAAUUUUCUGGAAUAAUUUAACUACUUUGUGCAGUGAGAUUUGCUAAAAAGCAAAUUAAAAGAUAGCCUUGGCAUGCAUAUUUAACAUUUUUGUAUUUUAUUAAAUUAGCUGGCUAUUUUUUAUUUAUUUAUUAUUUGCUUAAGAAUUUAAUUUCAACCAUUUAUUUUUCAGUACUGAAAAGAAUGCUGUCCAGGAACAUGCAUUAUCAUGGUUGUGUGGUCUCAAAGCUGGUGUACAGUUCCAGAAAUCCUGGCUAUACCUUUGAUGACAUGCAAGGCUAAAUGAGUAAUAUAAGAAACCAAAAGUGUGUCAAGUGGUCAAAUCCAGACUAACAAAACCAAUACUACUCAGAGGCAUUUCCAAAAACAUUGAAUAUUCCAAUUACAGAGUCCUUGAGAUGCCAAAAGUGUAAAUGUGCAUUUAUUCAUAAAACCAACAAAUAGGAAAUCCAAAAACAAAAUUCGGUAAGCACUUUCGUCUGUCCAAAUGCAGACUUUAUUAAAACCAAUAGUGCUUACUAUACAACCAUUUAAAUAACUCUCUCAAUUAAGUCAUCAUUAAGAAUUAAAGUAAUAGCAACCUGUUAAAUAAAAACAAAAUUAUUUUACCAAUACAAUUUAUAAAAUUGAGGCCUUUUCUGUUAAAACUGAUUUUAAAGAUAUAUAAUCAUUCAUGCCAGGGAAUUGGCAAGCGUUCAAACUAAGUUGCCAUUGCAACUCACUUUUUUCUAUUUUAUUAGACAAAUUACCCCCUCUGGCUUCCUUUAAAAUAAUUUCUAAGAUUCCAAAUUGAAACCCAAAGUAGUCAGAACAAGUAGCAGUGUGCCUAAAAAGUGCAUUGUUAGUGUUUUGUGUGUUAAUGGCAUAUAUAUGUUCAUAAUUCUUUUUCUAAGGGCUGUCUCUGUCUUCCCUAUAUAAAAUCCAUUACACCCUUUACACACACACAAAUAUACUAACCCACUGCUAUAACAACUACCUGCUGCUAGUUGUAUUUUCCUUGCAAGUUCCCCUACCCAACUAUGUUACCAUCCAUAACAUAGGCACAAUAGUGACAUGCAUUGCAAGGUUUUGUACCUCUACCAACAAUUUUUCUUCUAAAAGGGAGCUCCAAAAGGUAUUUGAUAUUCUUACCCACCUUGUAUGUAAAAUUAAGGCUCUUCCCUAAUGUAUCUAUAAUCUCACUAUUACUUUCCAGAAUAACUCAGUUCUUCUUCAUAAUUUCUAUCACCUUUUGUCCAAAGGACCCGUAUUGGGUUACCAUAUUGUGCAAUUCUUUGUGGUUAUCUGAAAUAAUGUUGUUCUUGUUUAAAUUUAAUUAUUAAUUAAAUAAAGGGAAAAUUUUUAAAUCUUUUUCGAACAGUGCAAAAUACUCUUCAGUUAUGACUUCCUCAUUGUAAUUAAAAUGUUGAACCCAUUCAAACUUAAGAGUUUCCCUUCGAAACUGGAGGUAAUUAAAUUAUCUGAUAAGUUGUCAAUCAAUACCUGUUCUGGAUGUUCAUCGUGUUUCACUGUUGCAGUCAUUACACU